AUGUCAAAUACUAACAAUUCACAUCUGACUUUCAGUUCCCCUAAGCCCAUUCUUAAUGGUAGGGCAAAGCAUAUCAAGAGAUCAACCUCUAGUAUAUGUCCGACAGAUCCGAGAACUCGCUUUGAAGAGGGGACAAACGAAUUCUUGAAUCUAUAUCAGCCAGAUAACGUACCAAAAACUCUUCAUGCUAAAACACCAAUGAACCUAUACGAUAUAAAUUUCGUAUUUCCAUUCCAUACUUUACAGACUGACCAUGUGAAGCUAGAGCCAUUCGUGCCAUCGAAACAUCUUUCAGGAUUUUUGAGACUCCCUCCCUCCUCAUGGACGCAUUUCGGUGAACUAGGUCCAUACACCGAACGAACCGCUCUGGAAGAUAUCGAAAGUUUCAGGAUCGAUCCGAGAUGUCUUCUGUUAGCGGUUAUUGAUCUACAAGUUGAGAGGAAAGGGAAAGAUGGGUUCGCAGGUGUUUAUGGGCUGAUAGAAGUGAAUGAUGAAUUUAUGCAGGCGAUAUUCGGUCUCAUCAACAUUCUACCUCUCUAUCAACGAACGCACAUAAACACCCAUUCAAUGUACCUUAUCCUCCAAUACCUAUUCGAAGACCUCAACUUGAUCAGGGUCCAAUACGAUGCGGUCACGCAUAAUACCCCGUCGAUCAAUUCAGCUAAGAAACUCGGUUUUAAGGAAGAAGGAAUCUGUAGGAAUUUCAACGGGUUAGUACCCCAAUAUAAGAAAGUGAACCCUAAAGAAAGGGAGAGAAAGAGUAAAUCCCAGGAUAUGUGGGUGGCUAGUAUGACCGAUCAUGAUUGGUUCAGUAAUGUCAAAGUUGAUUUGGAGAGGAAGAUCGAAAGACCUGCUGUGGACACGUAUAAGAUGAUACAUGGAGAAGGCACAGGGGAUGAUGAGGUUAAUGGCCAUAUGUGA